AUGAAGAUCUUAAAGCCCAUUUUCUAUCUCCUCCAGGAAUCUACGUGGGCGUUCUGUGGUCGCAUCUGCGUGGGCGGGCUGUGGGCGUGCUCGGGCGGCCGUAAGGAGCCUAAGGGGCCGGACGCCAUCGUUCAGCUGAGGAGGGACGUCGCUGCUCGCCUCAUCAAGGUGGCGUCGGAUCUGAGGUCAGGUCACUCGGUGUCGGUGGUGGAGGACCUGGAAGCCACGGCGGCCCUGCUCGACUCCCGCUUCAUCCCCAGGAUUCAGGGCCCCCCGCCCCCCCGGCCUGGAUUCACCCCCUCGCCUCUGCCGGGACAGUCCACCGCCCCCUCCACCACGCACGGCGACGAGAGCCCCCCCGGCUGGGACCUGUGGAAGUACCAGAAGGAGGAGGCGGGCAGGCGCAACCAAGCGGAUUCCUCCGUCAUCCCUUCCUACGCCGACGACUUCCUGCAGAAGCCUCUCCCGGGGGCGGCCGACCUGGGCAUCGACGUCGAGGGAAGCGACACCCUGCCCUCCCUCAAGAGUCAGGUCACGGUCCUCCUCGAUGGCUGUGGCUCGCCCUCCGGCCUCGUGACUCUGGUGGUGCGCCAGGCCAAGGCAGCGUGGCCGGGGAUGGGCGUGGUGGUGGGCGUGGACGAGGAGAGGCAGGGCGAGGAGGCGGACGAGAUCGAGAACCUCGCGGACGUCACCGUCAUGUUGACCGCGUGCGAGAAGUGGCGUCGAGGAGACCUGUCGGCGCUGGCGGAGUCGGCCACCACGCCCUUCGUGCUGGUGCUGGACGGCGUCACGGGCAUCACGGAGGACCUGGACCUGCUGCGCCUCCUCUCGGUGGCGAUCGGCCUUCGCAAUCUGGGCGUGGAGGUCGUGGGCGGGGCUGAGCGCGGGCGCGACGGGUCGUGGGACUACGUCUGCACGAAACUCACGACGAGGAACUACCGCCUCACGCUGCAGGACGGCUACGACUUCUCCCGGGCCGCAUGUGUCUUCUGCGACGUGACCUCUUCGUCCUUCCUGGCGUCCACCAGGGUUGUGCGGGAACUGCCCUUCGACCUGAACCUCCCCCACAGGGCGCAGGCGAUCGACUGGGCCCUGAGGCUGCAGCGGAGAGGCGUCCUGGCCAUGACCUGCCCCGACGUCAUGUUCCACAGCGGCAGGACCAUCCGGCAGCGGGAGAUCCACAGGGAGGUGGACCGGAACUGUCUGACGAAGGAGGACCGCAAGCAGGCGCGGGCGCAGGCGUGGGCCGUGAAGAGGCAGUACCGCAAGCUGGCGCAGAAGUGGGAGCUGAACGUGGUCACCUUCAGCAACGGCACGAGCAUCGAGUACACGUGCCGGGAGUUCCACUACGACUGCAACGCGUACUUCAAGGUGCGCUACUACCUGCUGCCGCCGUGCUGCCUCAAGGCCAAGAACAAGAUGUUCAACACGAUCGACAUCGUCGCCAAGGAGAACCACGUCCCGUACGAGAUCAGCUCCGGCACGCUCCUGGGCGCCGUCAAGUUCAAGGACGGCAUCCCGUGGGACUUCGACGACGACGCGCACUACCGCAACGCCGACGUCGAGAAACUGCGCAGGAACACGCAGCGCAUGAGGCGCCUCGGCCUGUCCCCGAGGUUCAGCAAGCAGGUGGGGCGCGCCAACGCGUCCAUCGUCAGCAACUACAUCACCGCCAGCAGCCUCGGGGGCUUCUCCCUUGACCUGUGGGGGGUGCAGACCAUGCCCUCCCUGGGGACCCCCGAGGUCCUGGCCAAAUUCCCCGACAACCUGGUGUGCUUCGAGCAUGGCCACGCGCCCAUGUCCAUCCGGAUGGCCAAGGCCUUGAUCCAGAACCAGACCUUGAGCACAAAGCAUGUCUCUCCGUCCUGCUACCUCAUCUCCAUGCUGCGUGUCGGGUCCAACUGGCUGCCCGGACCCUGGAACCCGGGCAAGAAGGCUCUCCACCAUUACGGCGACAACCUCUAUCGCCACGAAGCGCACUGGCGAUGGAACAACAUCGAGAGACCGGGGUGGGCGCCGUGCCCGCACCCCGGCCACCACAGCUGUCUGGACUUGCACCCUCUGGACGGCUCCAUCCCCUUCCUCUAA